AAUGUUUAUCGAAACGUUAACAAUUAUGUUGAGAUUGUAGCCAAUCCUAAAUCGUGAUGAGCCAUCAUUGUGCCGGUGCAUGACCAUAUCGGCUGUUCAUAAAUGAAAUGUUUUAAAUAAAGUAUGUAUGUCAAAAAAAAGCUCUAAUUUAUCGCCAGAAUCGAUCUAUAGAUUGUGUAUGAGGUAUAUAUUCUUUAUAUCAUUCAUAGUUAGAAUCACAAUCAGAAGAAAGAAUGAGUAUCCUAACCUCUGACGAUAAUAACAAAGCGUUAACUUUCAUCAAGAAAUUGGUCAGAUUCAAUGUCAUCAUAUCUUUGAUAUCAUAUUUGGCUGGGUGGUCAUUUUUUGCCUAUUUAAUCCAUGAACCACAGAAAACAUCAUUCCAUGAUAAUUCAUUACUACCAGGAUUGGCUAGCCGUGAAUUUGUUGCCGCUAAUCAAGCCGAACGGCUUGUUCAUCAGCUUACAAAUCUGAGUGCCGAAUUUCAUGAGAAAUAUUUUCCAGUGAAAUUUUUGCGAAAACAAUUUGAAGACAUUGGUCUUGAAGUUUAUGAACAUAAAUUUCGAUUCACAUAUCCUUUCGGUUAUGAAAAGCCAGCCGUGGAAGGUCUCAAUCUGUAUGCCAUCUUUCGGGCACCAAGAGCUGCUAGUACUGAAUCGAUUGUAAUUUCGGCACCAUAUCGAUCGCCAUCCAAUCCAAAUGGUUCAACACUGCCAUCGAUCGCUUUAAUGUAUUCGUUGGCCAAGUUUUUCUUAGCCAAAAAUUAUUGGGCCAAAGAUAUUAUCUAUCUGAUUUCUGGUAACGAACUUCUUGGUAUACAAGCCUGGCUACAAUCUUAUCAGGGUCUAGAGAAUCGAUUCGAUCAGUAUCUACAAUCGGAUGUUCUCCUUGCCAAAGCAGGUGCCAUUCAGGCUGCAUUGAAUCUUGAGCUCCAAUCAUUUUCGCCGCCAUAUGUACAGGUGAAACUCGAAGGUCUUAAUGGACAACUACCGAAUUUGGAUUUGUUCAAUGUUGCUGUUGAACUAUGUAAUCGUGAAGCAGUGCCCGUAGUAUAUCAUGGCGAAUCUUUCUAUAUGACUGAAAAUGAAUGGGAAAAUUGGAAGCGAAAAGCUCGUACGAUGGUAUCAAUGAUGGCCACGCAAGCUACCAUGCUGCCAACAGGUGCCCAUGGUUUAUUUCAAAAGUAUGCCAUUUCAGCCAUCACCUUAGAAGCGUCUGAUCGACGAGCCAAAUAUGUUAUGGUAAAUGGACUACAGCUAGGUCGAUCCAUUGAAGGCAUCGUACGAUCAUUGAACAAUAUGAUGGAGAAAUUUAAUCGAAGUUUUUACUUCUAUUUACUUGCUUCGACUCGUCGAUUCAUAUCGAUUUCAUCGUAUAUGAUCGUAUUUGGUCUUUUGGCAUUGCCCCUCGCAUGUCGUUCUCUUUUCUAUUAUUUUCAAAGUUACAAUAGCAUCGGCCAACAUAUCACCGGUGAUAAUAAUUUUGAUUUCUGGGCCUCUUUUAAGCCUUGUGUUCUUGCACAUUUGUUUGGUUUGUUAGCUGUUGGUAUCGUUCCUUUGGUUCUUACACGAUUGAACAUUUUCAAUAUGAUUAUGUUUGAUGUUCCGGUAGCAAUAUUGGCCUACGUAAUUUUUAUCAUAUUGGCCAUUAUUUCAUUGAAUUUACCGGGAUUAAUGACAGCACAUGCUAAAAAAUCAAUUAACCAAUAUAAUCUACAAUCAAUGGUUACUCUUCUAAACACUUUACUUUUGCUGACGAGCAUAUCUUUGAUCAAUAUUUCAUUAGCCAUAGCAUUGGCAUCAAUCUAUGUGCCAUUAUUGUCCAUCUUUUCGAUACAAGAUCACCAUCGAUCAACGAAAUCUUCAACAUUGUUACGACGCAUAUGUAACCUUUUCAAAACAAUAACUUUAUUAUUAAUUCAUCCAAUCACACUACAUCUUAUUUGUCUGUUUGGUUUGUCCAUUUGGAUGGAUCCAGAUUUCAAAUCAUUACGUAAACUGCCAAUCAAUGAUUUGCCUUUAUUACUAUUGAAACAUUUGAAACGUUCUUUUCAAUCACAACCACGAACAAUGAUGAAUUUCAUUGAAGAUUGGUAUCUUUUUGAUAAUUGGGCAUUUCCAAUCGUUUCUCUAUUCCUGUAUCCAGUUUGGUUACAAUUAUGGUUUCAAUCUUUUACAAUAGUCAUCUAAAUUUUUUGAACUAAAAAAUAUUUUAAAUCCAACAUAAAGACUGUUCGUAAACAAUGUAUUCGAAUAAACUAAAGUUCAGCUGUUU